UUUUAGCCCAAAACAUAGGCAAUCAAAGCCCAAUCUCUGAAAACCCUAACAUUUAGCAAGCAAUAUUAAACACUCUGGCACUCAACUGAAGGGCAAAGCUAUUUGUAACUUGGCCGUAUAUCGUCCACAACACAGAGGCAGCUAAGUGAGUUGGUGCGAAGAUGAGUCGUGGGGCAGCAGCGGGACCCAAGGGGAAGAAGAAAGGGGCCUCCUUUACCAUCGACUGUUCUAAGCCGGUUGAAGAUAAGAUCAUGGACAUAGCCUCUCUAGAAAAGUUCCUCCAGGAAAGGAUCAAGGUCGGUGGCAAAGCGGGUGCUCUCGGAGAUUCCGUCACUGUCACCCGCGACAAGAGCAAAAUCACUGUCUCCUCCGACUCCAACUUCUCUAAGCGGUAUCUUAAGUACUUGACUAAGAAGUACUUGAAGAAGCACAAUGUUCGGGAUUGGCUUCGAGUGAUUGCUUCCAACAAGGAUCGGACUGUUUACGAGCUCCGAUACUUCAACAUUGCGGAGAAUGAGGGUGAGGAGGAAGAGUGAAGACCUGUUCAGCCUUUUCUCUAUUCAUCACCCCUUUGUUUGGUUUAUUUGUUAUGAGGAACCUAGUUUAUCAAUUUCAGGUGUCGAAUCUUUGGACUUGAUUUGGUUGUUUUUUGAACCUUAGUCUGUUUUCAAUGAAAUUUUGGUUGCUCAUAGUAAAA